AUGCUAGCAGCCACUUCCACUCUCAGCUCCACUGCUUCUCAACUCACACCCUUAAGCUCUCUAUCCCCAAACCCAUUUUCUGUCAAAUUUUCCUUCACUUUCCGAGAAAAUAAGAACAGAAUCGCAGUACCCACAAGCUUGAAAUCCCAAAGAUGCCAGCUUUCUGCUCUUCCUGCUCUGAGAGUGUCUGCUAGUUCCCAAUCUGCCCCUACUUCCGUUGAGGCGUCAAAGGUCUCGGCUUUGCCGUCGGAGAUGAAGGCGUGGGUAUAUGGGGCAUAUGGGGGUGUUGAUGUUUUGAAAUUUGAUACGAAAGUUGCGGUGCCUGAGUUGCUGGAGGACCAGGUUUUGGUAAAGGUUGUGGCUGCGGCUCUUAACCCAGUUGAUUUCAAGAGAAGGCAGGGCAAGUUCCAGAACACUGACUCUCCUCUUCCGACUGUUCCGGGAUAUGAUGUUGCCGGUGUUGUGGUAAAAGUUGGCAGUAAAGUAAAGGACUUUAAAGAGGGGGAUGAAGUGUACGGAGACAUAAAUGAGAAAGCUUUGGAGGGGCCUAAACAAUCUGGCUCUCUUGCUGAGUACACUGCAGUUGAAGAGAGGUUAUUGGCGUUGAAGCCUAAGAAUCUGGAUUUUGUUCAGGCUGCUGCGCUUCCUCUUGCAAUCGAGACUGCUUACGAGGGUCUCGAAAGGACUGGGUUUUCUGCUGCAAAACAUGUAUUUGGAGCUUCAAGAGUGGCGGCCACUUCGAGCACCGGAAAAUUGGAGUUGUUGAAGAGCUUGGGUGCUGAUCUAGCCAUUGACUACACGAAGGAGAAUUUCGAAGAAUUGCCAGAGAAAUUUGAUGUUGUAUAUGAUGCAAUUGGUCAAUGUGAUAAAGCAGUGAAGGUGGUGAAGGAAGGGGGCAGUGUAGUGGCCCUAACAGGCGCAGUAACACCUCCAGGCUUCAGAUUUGUAGUGACUUCUAAUGGAGCUGUUUUGAAGAAACUAAAUCCAUAUUUAGAGAGUGGGAAGGUGAAGGCAGUGAUAGAUCCCAAAGGGCCCUUCCCUUUCUCUAAGCUUGUUGAGGCCUUCUCUUACCUUGAAACCAAUCGGGCCACCGGAAAGGUAGUUAUACAUCCAAUUCAAUGA